GCAGCAGGUGUUGGCCCCCACGUUGUCCCCGGGGUCCCCCAGGCCGCUGAGCGGGGCAGGAGGCUCAGGUGCCCCGCAGUCAUGGCUGAGAGCCACAGCUGGUGGAAGCUGACCUUCCUGAGGAAGCGUAAAUCCAUGCCCAAGGUGCUGUAUGACAGCCCCGACAUCCACGCCGGCGAAGGACCCGAGGGUUCAGCUGAGGAAGGGACGCCCGACUUCGCCGCCCGCCUGGAGAAGAUCGUGGAUAAAAGCACCAAAGGGAAACACGUCAAGGUGUCCAACUCCGGCCGCUUCAAGGAGAAGAAGAAAGUCAGGCCCACGCUGGCUGAGAACCCUGGGCUCUGUGCAGACAGCGAGCGAGAGGAGAAAUGAGGCUGGGAGGGGGCAGCUUGGGUCCAUCCUGCCCCCCCAUGAACCCCAGUGCUGCCCCAUUGGGAUCCCUUGACACGACGGAGCUGGGGGGCUCAGUGCUGCACCCCCCCCAAUGGCACUUUGUUAGGAAAACAGACUCAGAUAGGACUUUAUUUAAGGAAAAAGCAAGAAUCCUAUUUAAAUGCAGCCCCAGUGGGCGCUGGCUGCUGGCUCACUCAGUGACAAAGAGGGGAUGGAUGGGGCAGGGAGUGCUGCAGGGCACAGCCCCAACGCCGUGCGUCCCCUCUCUGUGCUGUGAGGCACCCAUGAGCAGCACUGGGCUGAGUCCUGCUGGGACGGGGCAGCCCAGGACAAAGCACUCGGGGCUCAGUUUGGCUGCAGGACCACUGGAGCCCCUUCGCUGUUUGCUGCCCUGAGCAAACACAGAAGCGACGCCAGGACAAAGCCCUGCUCAUCCCCAAAGCCUGAGGAGCUGCGCGGCCCUCUGCGCUGAUCUUUGCACUGCUGGAUGCAGCCAACCCUGGCUGAAGGAUGGGCCACUGCUGAGGAGACCAUUGGGACCUGGGCGGGCUCCAGGUUUCCCAGCAGGAGCUGUGUUCCUACCCAGGACCAGGAAUUGCUCUUUGCUCCCGGAAGGGGAGAGCUGCUCACAGACCGUGGCGAGGGAGCCGAGCUCACAGCCUCUCUCUUUUUGCUGUUCUUAUUUUUUAUUAUGGAAGCUGAGCCUUUCGUGAAGUCUUCCAACUGUUCUUUGGGAAUAAAGCAGGUCUGGGAACAAAG